GUGAUUUUCUAGCAUGGACACUGUUGCUAGCCAUAGUUGUCAUCUUCUCCAGCAGCUACAUGAACAGCGCAUUCAGGGUCUUCUCUGUGACUGCAUGCUGGUGGUAAAAGGUGUCUGCUUCAAAGCACACAAAAAUGUAUUAGCUGCUUUCAGUCAAUAUUUCAGGACCCUUUUCCAGAAUUCUUCAGGCCAGAAGAAUGAUGUCUUUCACUUGGACAUUAAAAAUGUAGGUGGCAUAGGCCAGAUCUUGGACUUCAUGUACACCUCUCACCUGGAUCUUAGCCAGGACAAUGUACAAGCUAUGUUGGAUAUUGCACAGUGUCUGCAAGUGCAAAAUGUGCUGAACAUUUGCCACACCUUUUUAAAAUCUUCUACAGCUGUAGAGCAAACAGCCAGCAUGCCUUGUAAUAGCAUAUUUUCACUGCAGAAUACUUUGACUGCAGAUACUAGCUGUGCCAGUGACAGUUAUGGAACAAACCUAUUGCAUGAAUGCUCAUCUGACACACAAGGUAAUAAAGUCUUGGCUGACCAUCAUUCUCAUGCAUCGCAGACUGUUAAUCUUCACGCACCCUCAGGUGAUGUACAGAAACAACCACAAGACUCCUUAGACGGCAACUGCACAGAGCUUCCAUUUAAACAACCAAAUUACUAUUAUAAACUACGCAACUUUUACAGUAAACAGUUCUAUAAGCAAAAUGCUUGCUCUAAUCAUGAGAGAGGAGCAGAACAAUCCUUUUCUUACAACACGUCUACGGAAAUAAACACAGUAGAGAAUAAUUCUUGUACUGUCAAUCAGUCUGAGUGUAUUCUGGAAACCUCUGAUCAUUUACCAUCAAACUUUCUGGUUCAGUCUGUGAACGAAGCUGCUCCAGACCAAGAUGCAGAAAGCACCCUUAUGCAGCCCACCAAACAGAUGCGGCUGAAAAAGGCAAUACACCUCAAAAAGUUAAAUUUUUUAAGAUCUCAGAAAUCUGCAGAGCAAGUGCCUGAGCCUAAAAGAGAUGACAGUAGAAUAACGGGAGUAAUUGAAUCUGUAAAUGAAAGUACCAUGGACAUGACAAAUGUUAGAGUUACUGAUGAAAAAGAAGCUGAAGAUUUAGUAAAUUCUGAGAAUUUUGAACAAACUGUUGAAACUGAAAGAUCUCAAGGCCCUUUGGAACAAGAAGGGCAAUCACAGACUCUUCAGUCACAGAGGCAAUAUACUUGUGAAUUAUGUGGGAAGGCUUUCAAACAUCCAAGCAAUUUGGAGCUCCAUAAAAGGUCUCAUACAGGUGAGAAACCUUUUGAAUGUAACAUUUGUGGGAAACACUUCUCACAGGCAGGUAAUCUCCAGACACAUUUACGUCGACAUUCUGGUGAAAAGCCAUACAUUUGUGAAAUCUGUGGGAAAAGAUUUGCUGCUUCUGGUGAUGUUCAGCGUCAUAUUAUUAUUCAUUCUGGAGAAAAGCCUCAUCUGUGUGAUAUCUGUGGCAGAGGGUUCAGUAACUUCAGUAACUUAAAGGAGCACAAAAAGACCCAUACAGCAGAUAAAGUAUUCACCUGUGAUGAAUGUGGGAAGUCAUUCAACAUGCAGCGAAAAUUAGUAAAGCACAGAAUUAGGCAUACCGGAGAGAGACCAUACAGCUGUUCAGCAUGUGGGAAAUGUUUUGCAGGCUCUGGUGACCUGCGUAGACAUGUGAGGACUCAUACAGGAGAAAAACCCUAUACCUGUGAAACUUGUAACAAAUGCUUCACUCGCUCUGCUGUUCUACGGCGGCACAAGAAAAUGCAUUGUAAAGCCACUGACGAAGGUCCAAACACACUAGAUGAAUUUACUCAAGGGAUUGAAACUUCUGACCUUGACAAAUCUCAGAGUUCUGACUCUUUUGGCCAAGAAAUGUCUGUUACAUUGUUACCAGUGUCCGUUAAAUUUCCCAUUCGUCCAACUGCAAAUUCAGCUGAAUUUGAUAGUUCUGUGGAUUCUUACUGUAAGUUGCGAUCAAUGGUUCAACACCAUGACUCAGCAAACCAACAGAAACUGAAUGUGGAUUCUGCUAAACUCCCAAAAGCUCAGACACAGCAAACUCCUCCUCCACCACCAUAUGCUUAUGCAGAUGUAGAUGUGUCUUCUGCAGAAGAACCCUUACAGUCUGAUAAUAUUCCCAUGAUUCGUUCCUCUAUGGUUAGCUUGGACAGUCAUUGUAAUGAUCCACUAGGCAGUCGAACAUCAUCUGCUGCAUACAAGAAUAAUGAAGGACCAUUCUUCUCCAGCAUGACCCUCUGGGGUUUAGCUAUGAAGACCUUGCAGAAUGAAAGUGAAUUGGAACAAUGAGGGCUCAGGUGACAGUAUCAAAACUUCUUAGAGGCAUUUCAUGCUAAAGCGAUUGUGAUUGCACUGCAGUAUAGAGAGAGCAGAGCUAGUUUUUAAGCCAGCUAGCUUGGAUACUGGUAGAAAUCAAGAUACGCAUGCCCAGAACCCAGUGUAGGCUGCCUUUACACUGCUUCUCGGCAAAGUUCAAAUCUAGUUUCGGGGACCUGUGUUGUUCUGUGACUGCACUGUGUAGCUCAUGUGUUGCCAGGAUUUACUAAAAUUUGCCAUUUACUAAAUUUACCAUUUAACUUGGUAUUUUUUACCUGAUAAUAGAGGAAAGGAUGGCCCAAUGCCUGAUUUCAUGAUAUGGGUACAAUUCCAAGUAUGUGUCAUCAGAGUUGUGUAAGGGUGUAGAUAUGAAAAGAGGAAAAUACUUAAUAAAUCCCUAGCGAACCUGAGUUUCAGUAGUGGCUUUCUUACCAGUAGGAUCAUUGGUUUACAUGACUUGAGUAUUGUGAUAUUAAAUUUAAAUGUUAAAUACUGGACAAUAUUUGUGAUAGUGCAAAGUAACUGUAUAUCUAGAAACUUUAUUUUUUUACAAUAAAAGCUUUUUUUAGUAUUUUAUAAACUAUUUUGCACAGCGGAUUAUUUGUACAAUGAAGACCAAGAUCAGGAAAUGUCAAUAAAGGGAAGUUGUUUUACAUUG